CUCACAAUUCUCUCUCUUUCGUUCGCCGCCCUUUCUCUCUCUGCAUAUAGAUACAGAAAAUUGUUGUCUGUAUCUAUAUCCGAAUUUUUACACUACGCCAUUACCUGAUAGAUCGGAAAAAGAAAGCUUUUUCCGUUAGUCAUCUUUACAUCUCCCGAUUCAGAAUUCAGAUUCUGUUCUCCUCUUGCUUCGAGUUUUGAUUCAACCGCCUGAGCUGGAUUGCCUUUUUUUUCUCUAUGGCGUGGUCGUCAUGUUCAUCUGCAACCAAAUUCGCCGAUUUUGUUGGAGUUCGGCGUAGCCGGCAAUACGAAAAGUACAUUUGCUCGAGAGUUUGAUUAUUGCGCAAUUGCUUUGUUUUUUUGUUUGGUUUUUUGAAGUGAUUGAGAUGAUUGUAAAUGCUUGAUCAACGGUUGUUGCUGCUACUUGCUAGUCGUUGUUGGUGAGGUUUGGAGAUUUUCUGGCAGAUUGUACGGAAUUGCCAGGUUCUGGAAUUGUCAUUUUCAUUUGAAAAGUUAGUUGCAGUUAGUUUUGAUUGAGACAGGCGGAAAAAGGUGUGUUUGUGGACAGGCGGGUAAUAAUUAUAGGAGACUGAAGAGGAGGAGAGAUUUUGGUUGCUGUUGUUUUGAUCACGAGAGGAUUGUGAAAAAAUGCCGCAUCGGACGACCUACUUUUUUCCACGGGAAUUUCCUGACAACCGCGAAUUUGAUCCAUCCUCGUCAAAGUUUUUCUUAGAUCACGAGAAGAAAAUCAGCGCCACCGCAAGUGUUCAUGAAUCCGCACAUUCGAAAGCAACAGGUACAGGCACACUGAGUACUGGUCGUGAUAGAUAUGGUGAAAAGGUUACACGUGUUUCUUAUACAGCUGUAUCUGAGGAGGAGAAGGAGAAGCAGCAUCUACAUGGUUUCACGGGUGAUAAGAUCCACCGAAAGCAAGUGGCGGCUUUUGUCAACUGGUUAGCUGAGAAGAAAAAGAAAGACAGUCACGUGAGGAUUAAGUUAGAAGGUUGUGAUGAUGAAAGUGAAGAACAUGAGCAGUUGCUUCCGCCGGCACCGGAGGCUGUGUCGCCGGAGAUUGUGCAGGUCGAGGUUGGCCAUCAUUUACCUGCGCAGGAGAAAGAUCAGCAUGUGUUUGACCGGCAGCUUUGUUUGACCGGUGGGAGCAAUUUCGAUUAUAGUGUUGGGAAGGAGAGUGGGUUUGUGAGGCCUUCCUCGUUGCAGAGGUUGUCGAGUUUGGGGAGUACUAGCUAUGCUGGAAGUUUGUUCUCCGGUGGGACGACGACGAUUUUUGAUGCAAAUUGGACUAGUAGCACUGGAGUUAAGGACUCGACGACGAGGACGAGGGAAAUUGAAGAGGUGGAAGAGGAUGAAGAAAGGGGUAAUAAGAACAGUACGGUGCAGAAGUCUAAAGAGAGUUAUUACUUGCAGCUGACUCUUGCGAAACGGCUCACUGAACAAGCCACUCUUGCUAGUGAGCCUAUGCUUUUGAAAGAGUGCACGAGUGCUGUGACUUCUGAUGCACAAACUGUAUCCUAUGCUCUCUGGGUCAAUGGUUGCUUGUCAUAUACGGACAGGAUAUCAGAUGGGUUUUAUAACAUUUUAGGUAUGAAUCCAUAUUUGUGGGUGAUGUGCAAUGACGUAGAGGAAGGUACAAGUUUGCCGUCUCUGAUGGCACUUAAAGCUGUUGAUCCCAUUGAUACAUCAAUGGAGGUAGUUCUUGUGGAUCGGCGUGGCGACUCCCGGCUCAGGGAGCUAGAAGAUAAAGCUCAAGAGCUGUAUUUUGCAGCAGAAAAUACUUUGAUGUUAGUAGGCGAACUCGGCAAACUUGUUGCUGUCCAUAUGGGGGGCUCUUUUCCAAUGGAGCAAGGUGAUCUUCAUAGGCGCUGGACUUUUGUGAGCAAGAGAUUGAAAGAUAUGCAGAAAUGUACAGUGCUUCCCAUUGGGAAUUUAUCCAUGGGACUUUGCAGGCACCGAGCAAUUCUCUUCAAGAAAUUGGCCGAUUAUGUAGGUUUGCCCUGCAGGAUAGCUCGAGGCUGCAGGUACUGUGUUGCAGACCAUCGAUCUUCCUGCCUUGUAAAAGUUGAGGAUGACAUGAGGUCAUCAAGGGAAUUUGUAGUUGACCUAGUUGGGGAACCGGGAAAUGUGCAUGGUCCAGAUUUUUCCAUAAGUGAGGGAGUUCUUUCCUCAGUGCCUUCGCCAUUUCAGAUUUCUCAUCUAAAAGAACAUCAAGAUCCUUACUUGGAUCGUGAAGUAUGUAGUCAAAUGCAAAGCUCAAAGAAAUUUUGCACUCCUAAAAAUAUUCUCUAUUCAGGCAAUGAGGAAGGUGGUCAUGCAGUGCAGGGGAUUGGCCUGCACCACAAUCUGAGGGAUACAAUGUACUGUCUGACUAAUCAAGCUUCUGGAAGUGCAAUACGUGCACCUAUUAUUGCCGGUAUAGCAGUGGAUGAAUGCUCUCUAUCCAGAGAUGAAAAUGUAGUUGUUAGCCAGGGAUACAAAAACGAGAUCGUCAUGUCUGGAAAUUCAGUUGUAUGUGCUGCUGGCAUGCAAAUUGCUAAGUUGAUGUUGCCUGUUAAGACAAGUUUGAUGGAUGUUGAGAGCCGACCUAAGAAGUGCGGGAGCUAUCCUGCUGGUGGCCAUUCUAGAUACUUGAAUCUUGAACCUUCACUUGCAAUGGAUUGGCUUGAGAUAUCAUGGGAUGAAUUACAUAUUAAGGAGCGUGUUGGUGCUGGUUCAUUUGGGACUGUACAUAGAGCUGAAUGGCAUGGAUCGGAUGUUGCGGUCAAGGUGCUAACUAUCCAAGAUUUCCAUGAUGACCAGUUCAAGGAGUUCCUGAGGGAGGUUGCAAUUAUGAAACGUGUUCGUCAUCCAAACGUCGUUCUUUUCAUGGGAGCUGUUAUGAAGCGUCCACAUUUGUCGAUUGUGACAGAAUAUUUACCUAGAGGAAGUCUGUAUCGCUUGAUACACAGGCCUGCAGCUGGAGAAAUAUUGGAUCAGAGGAGGCGGCUAAGGAUGGCUCUGGAUGUGGCGAAGGGCAUCAACUAUCUUCAUUGUUUGACUCCUUCCAUUGUUCACUGGGACCUCAAAUCUCCAAAUCUGUUGGUUGAUAAAAAUUGGACUGUAAAGGUUUGUGAUUUUGGCUUGUCAAGAUUUAAAGCAAGCACGUUUAUCUCAUCAAAGUCUGUUGCUGGAACGCCUGAGUGGAUGGCCCCUGAAUUUCUUCGAGGAGAGCCCUCAAAUGAGAAGUCUGACGUCUACAGUUUUGGAGUCAUCUUAUGGGAGCUUGUGACUAUGCAACAGCCUUGGAGUGGACUUAGUCCAGCUCAGGUUGUUGGUGCGGUAGCUUUCCAGAAUAGAAGACUCGUUAUUCCGCCUAAUACAUCUCCUAUCCUCACGUCUUUGAUGGAAUCAUGUUGGGCUGAUGACCCUGCACAGCGUCCGUCCAUUAAGAGCAUUGUGGAGACACUAAAGAAGUUGUUGAAGUCCCCGAUGCAGCUGAUUCAAAUGGGAGGGCCAUAAAGAGGCAUCUCCAAUUCUUGUUGUCAGGCGUUUUGACGAUUUUCGGCACUUUGGUACACCUAAUUGUCCAUUGUGGUGUGGUGAAGAAACCACAAUUUAAAGUAAUGUAGAUAGAGAUCGUUACAGAGUUAAAGCAACAAGUGGAGGUAGUUUCUUAGCUAACCUAUCCGAAGAAGAAGUUAAUUAAAGAUGUCCACUGCCUGUUAUAUUUGCAUCUUUGGGAGAUCCUGUAGCAGGUUUCCUGCAGUGCAAAGCCGCUGGUGUUCCGGUGAGCAUCUUUUUUUCAUGCCUAGCGACAAAUAAACAGCCGUAUACCAUGUAUUGCAUUUGCAGGCUUACUUUGUUGGCCAUAAUGAGCCAGAAGCAGAGCCAUAAUGUAUUGCAUUUGCAGGCUUACUCUAGUUUAUGUAAUUUGAAUAAUGUUAAUUAAAAUUCAGCUAAUUUUUUUUUUUUGUCAAGAAAAUUCAGC